UAACAUGGCUGUCUGCAAACUAUGAAGUGAUGCUUUAAAAUGUACACAGCAAUAAUAAAGUGUUCUAUCCAAGUUACAACAGGCAAUUAAUAUAUACAACAUAAAAUGAUGUAUGCAGUUUGCUGUUGUAAAAAAAUCAAAGGGAUUGUUUCGUCACAAACUGUCCCUGCGAUGGAUUGCACAACACCCUGCAACGUCAAUGGUUUCCCUACAACAGUAACAACAGCUGCACUGCCUUCAGCUUAAUAGAACUAAUGCACUGAACAGAUUUCGAGGUUUAAAAAAAAUAUAUAAACAAUAAAUUAUACAACUAUUUGUUUUAUUAUCAUAAAAAUGCAUUCAGCAGAAGAUGAUGAAUGCCUUGAUCGUGAAAUAUGCCAGGAAAUGGAAAAGAUUGUAGAGUUGCUAACUUUCUCUGGUAAACAAAGUCUUGAUCAAGAAACUAUGAAGAAGUUCAAGAAAUUGUGCAGGAAGUCUGAUAUCUAUGUGAAGAAUGCCUAUCACCUGCUGAUGACCCAACUGGAGAAGAAUCACGCUGAGGUGCGACUCUCCGUCUUUCAGAUGAUUGACGAGCUCUUUAAUCGAUCUCACAUCUUCAGAGAGCUUCUCGUGUCAGACUUUCAGACUUUCCUCGAUCUCACUGUCGAAACGGACGUUGACAUGCCAUUGCCACCACCAAAGAAUAUUGCUAGACGCUUGAAGACGGCUACCUUAAAAGCCAUUCAGCAGUGGCACGAAAAAUAUGGAGAAGCCUACAAGAAAUUGUCUAUAGGCUACAAUUAUUUGCUGACUUGCAAACAGGUUGAUUUCAAUGAUAUCCGCUCACGAACGAUUGCUGAACGAAGAGCUUGUGAAGAAAAAGAACAGAAACAACAGAACUUGAUGAAAACCAAACUGAAAAACAUCUUGAAGGAAAUUAAAGAAAUAUCUCCUGAAAUUAAAACUGCUGUUAAAGAAGUUGAGGAAUGCCUACAGCUUAUUUUACCUCGGCCUGAAUCAUUUUUUGUCCCAGAUUCUGAGAAUUUUAUGUCAGGCAUUGUCUCUAGCAAAUCAGCAGAUCGCGUGGUACCAGGCACAUCAGCAUCUGUUUCCAAAAGUCUGCAAGUAAAUACUGAGAAAUCUGAAAACAAUACCACAUCAACAGAUGCCGAUUCCAACUCUAAACAUUCAGAAGUUAGCCAUCUCUUGACUGCUGCAUCAGUUUCUUCAGCAAAGCACAAAGCAUCUACAGAAAGGGAGAUCACGGAAAAGAAUUUACCAGAGUCUACGAUGCAUGAAGUUACAAGAGGGUCUACUCAGUCAGAAAAGGAUAAACAUUUAGUAGAAGAAAAUGGUACUAUUAUAAAUGCCACUUCAAAUUCAUCAGAUCCAGAAUUUGGUUCAUUGGAACAGUCUCCAGGCAGUCAGAAUGAUACAACAUUAGAAACAAGUGCAAAUAACUCUAAAGAUGACGAUUUGGAGGAGGUGUCCGAUACUGAAGAUAGUUUUGUUCAGGAACAUGGUCUCUUGUCAAGAAAUUACAACGUAAUGAUUAAUGUUGGGCCUAUAAACCCCCAGAUUCGAGAAACGGAAGAAAAUUCUGAUCUUUUUACAGCACUAAGAGACUCAGCUCACUUAGUGAAAAACAACUAUAUUCCACUUGUUAUUGAAUGGUUGGAGAUUUUGUCAAAGAAUGGAGCAAACGAAAAUGAUAUUAAGUCUACAAUAGAUAUUAAAAUUAGAUUAAUAUCGGCCAUUGAGAAAUGUGUGGACCUGAACAUCAUUUCGGCUGGUCAAACGAAGAGACAGAGGAAUGAUUCAGAUGAUGACGAUGACUUUGAAGAAGUACCAGAAAAGGAGGGUUUUGAACCACAUAUUCCAUCUCAUCUCAGAAAGGAAUAUGGCUUGGAACCCGAAGACAACAGUAAAGCACCUGAAAAGUUCAUGGCCGCCGUCACGCCUCAGUUCUGGAAUCUGAAGACCAUGAAGAGACCUGCCGAAGAUCCCACAUCGAGGGAAGCUAGCCUUGCCAAAAUAAAGCGAGGAGCGUCCGACAGUAGGAUCUGCUACAAAGGAGGAAAAUUGCGAGAUUGUCCCUCCACUUCAACAGAAUGUCCCUCCACUUCAACGGGAAGUGUUCAGCCAUCAUCAGACAACAAGACAUCUUCAGACAAGAACAUCCCAUUCGUACCUUUUGGAGUUGACUUGGCUCACUGGGGAGAUCUUAAGAACAUCGAGGCGCCACUUGUUGUGAAAUUUGAUUCGCUUCAUCGUUUCUGGACCCCACAUGAAUAUGCAACAGAAAAAGCAAACCAGAAUGAUGUAGCAGCCCUGACCAGCAGAACAUUCUACUACACUGGCCAGUUUAAACCUGUCAAGUGGAAGUGUCGUGCCCCAUUACCAAACGGAAAGUUGUGUGAGAGAAUGGAUCGAGAGAAGUGUCCAUUCCAUGGCAAAAUAAUUGCCAGGAAUAAUAUGGGUCAACCUGAAAAUAGCAAUGAUGCUCUUGAAUUGGCAAAGCAAGCUGAGAAAAAGAGAAAUGAUGAUGAAUAUAGCUGGCAGGAUCCAGAUUUACAGAGAGACAUCGAAGCUGCAACUGGCCUUGACCUUGGGUCACAGAAGUCAAGAGGAAAAGGAAAAGGAAAGGGCAAAGGCAAAGGGAAGAAAAAGUAUCCAAACUUAACGGACAUCAAGGCAGUGAAAAACACCAGUCAUUCAAGACUGGAAAAAAAGGUGUUCAACAAAAAAACCUUGCAGCGAAUCAAUGCAGAAAUGGAUGCAGCAGACUACAAAAGAGUUAGAGACAAGUUUGGCAAUCAGUUCAAUUACACACACUCGAAGUGAAAUCUGUGAAUACCUACAAUUAACUGUGAUAUAAACAUCAUUGGGCCACAGAGGCUAAGUGGCAGAACCAUAUUGUAAUUAUCAUCAUCAUCAUCAUCAUCAUCAUUCUUGCAGAUAUGUGAUUAUUUAUAUCUUGUGGCGGGAUAUAGCCCAGUGGUAAAGCACUCGCUUGAUGUGCGGUCAGUCUGAUCGAUCCCCACUGGUGGGCCCAUUGGGCUAUUUCUCGUUUUAGCCAGUACACCAUGACUGGUAUAUCAAAG